AUGGGAAGAGCCAGGAUUAAAGAUGACAAUUGGUUUGGAGUUGAGGAUCCUCGCAAGAGAAAGCAGAUCCAGGACAGGCUGGCACAGAGGGCAAGGAGGAAGCGCCUAGCAGAAGCUAAAAGACUUGAAGCCAAUGUCCCUGCCACUGUCGCUGACCAGGGUACUUGGAGCGAGUCGCCGAUUUCCGAAUGCGAGACUGUUGCGCACAGCCUUGUUCCCGAAGUCCCCCGACUUCCCGGCCGCCUAUACCAGACCUUUGUACCUGGCUGGAUCAAGCCGGACAUAUGUCUGCACACAUCGGUUUCUACAUCUGUCUACGCUGCACUCUUCAACAAUGGGGCCAUGAUGGGGAUCACCUGUUCCUACUCUCUCCCGAGCAAGUCGACCCCCGUCGGAGCGGAGAUCCCGGAGCCGCUACGUCCAACGGCUUUACAGCUGACUACUAGUCACCCCUUAUGGUUCGACCGAUUCCCAUUUCCCAGCCUGAGGGACAACAUGAUCACCAUGAUGGGCAUCAUUGACGAGGAAGAGUUCCUGGCCGACUUAUUCUGCCUCACGAGUUUUACAUUGGACCCUGGCGCGCCAUCCUGGGAUCCCAGUGCCUGGAAGGUCGGCAAAGAGUUCUUUGCAAAAUGGGGUUAUCUAUUCUACUAG